CACUCUCUGCCCAUUGUGUCUUCCACACACGCGCACUUACACACAAAUCAUUCUUCACAUUUCCACAUAAUCCAUCUUUUCUAUGUAGUAUGUACUAAAAUGAACAAAAGCCACUUACCCCACUCUGCUUUUCCCGACCAGAAUAGUCUCAUCAUAGUCUUCUUAAUUUGAGAGUUUGUAUUCACACAAACUUUCUUUACAAAAAUAAUUCAUGUUAUUUUCAAGACACCGCAACUCCUAUAAUUUGUGGUGGUUAAACUGCAAGUGUGGUGGUACAGUGAAGUGUGAAUGAAUCAUUACUCUCUCCUAUGUAAAGCAAUGAUCAUGUUAAGUUAUCUUUGAGCCAAGUGAUCGAUUCUCUCUCCCCCUCGUGAAGUGCCUAUAAAUCCACUGCUAAACAGGCUCAAAGGACAGGCACAUUUAGAGAAAAAAAUGUCAAUGGACAUGAUGGCAACCGAACGUGUUUGUUAUGUUCACUGCAACUUCUGCAACACCAUUCUAGCGGUUAGUGUUCCACACAGCACUUUGCUAACCAUAGUGACUGUUAGAUGUGGUCAUUGUUCCAAUUUGCUAUCAGUUAACUUGGGAGCAUUUCAAGCAUUUCCUCCUCAAGACCCUCAGAAACAGCACCUGAGCUUUGAAGAACCAAGCAACAAAGAUCUGGGAUCAUCUUCAAAAUGUCACAAAACAGCAGCAUUUGAACCAGUGGAGCGAGAACAACCUAGGAUUCCUCCCAUUCGUCCUGCAGAGAAGAGACACCGUGUUCCUUCUGCUUAUAACCGGUUCAUCAAGGAGGAAAUUCAAAGGAUUAAGGCUACUAAUCCAGAUAUCAGCCACAGGGAGGCUUUCAGCUCAGCAGCCAAAAAUUGGGCACAUUUCCCUCACAUUCACUUUGCAAAGCAAGCAAAGUUGGAUCACCAAGGGGAAGGAACUGAAAAGACUAUGAAUGGAUUCUACUGAUGGUAUAUAUAUAAAAAUGGAAGCCUGUGAGUAUGAGCUUGUUUUUUCUAUGCUUGACCUAAUCAGUGAAAUAUGAGGUUGAUUGUACAACUGGAUGGACUAGCUAGGUCCUGCAAAUUAACCUUAGCUUCUCACCAAUGUUUAAUACUUUAUGUAUUAUCACUCUUCUGAAAUGAUUGCUAUUCUGGUGAUUGCA